UGGCAGAAACUUCUAAAGCUUAGCAUUUCCGAUCAGUUGCUACCAAACUGCCAUAAUGGGCGCUGUCACAAAAAUUCUUUUAGCUAGUAUAUGUGUUGCUUUCCUGGCUGCCAAAUGGACUUCACCCAGAUUUGAUGCUGAUUCUCUCAAAGGGGCUAGGGUACUGGUGACUGGGGCCAGUACAGGUAUUGGUGAACAAAUGGCGUAUCAUUAUGCCCGCUUUGGAGCCAAAAUUGUUAUCACAGCAAGGAGGGAGAAAGUCUUACAGCAGGUAGUAGAAAAAUGUCUGAGUUUAGGAGCCCAGAAAGCUUUUUAUAUAGCAGCAGACAUGGCGAAUGAGGCUGACCCUGACAAAGUGGUGGAUUAUGCUCUGGAGAAGCUGGGAGGUUUGGAUUACCUGGUCCUCAAUCACAUUGGGCCUAGCCCCUUCAGCAUGUGGAAGGGAGAUGUGGAUCACACCAAAUGGCUGAUGAAGGUCAAUUUCUUCAGCUAUAUUCAGAUGGCCUGGAAAGCUUUGCCCUCCCUUGAGCAAAAUAAAGGAUCGCUGGUUGUUGUCUCAUCGCUCUUAGGUAAAAUAACUUCUCCUUUCGUGGCGCCAUAUUCCUCAACCAAAUUUGCCUUGAACGGGUUCUUUGGGUCUCUUCGUCAUGAGCUGGCUAUGAAGAAGAGCAACGUGUCCAUCUCUGUCUGCACACUCGGUCUCAUUGAUACCGACUCAGCUAUGGAGAAAGUCCGGGGCGUCACUGAUGUACCAGCCUACCCCGCCACAGAUGCUGCAUUGAACAUCAUCAUUACGGGAUCUACAAGGCAGCCAGAGCUUUUCUACCCUUGGUUCACAUACUUUAUAGUUAUCACCAAAGACUGGUUUCCUUCUCUCACAGAUUAUAUGACCCAGAACUCCUACAACUACAUCCCAUGAAGAGCAUUUAUUCAGCACAACUGAAGCACAAUUAUACAUGUUCCUAAUUAUAAAUAUCAACAUUUAAUUUGGAUUUUGGCCUAGCUCUUUGACAUUUUGAUGCACCCAGUUUUGCGGGAACAUUUCUGACAUUUCAGUUUCCACUUUUCUCAUCAUUUCUUUGAGAACAGUCCAGUAAUAAAAUGUAUACAGAUAGAAAAGCUCAGGACUUGGGAUUUUACUUUUUAGGCUACUAUUUUAACAUUUUAGACAUUAGUGUCUGUGUCAAUAGUACAGCCACUGCUGUCCAAACAUUAUUGCACUAGUACUUGAAAACUCAGAAGAAAAAAGUCUGAUUUACUACUGAUAAGACAACCUCACCCCUCCAUUCAGCCCUCCCACACACAGACACAAUACCUCACAUGAGAUUUGGUUAUGAAAUAAAUGAAUACGUUUCGUGUUGCUGCUGUUGCUGCUGAUAAUGAACACAAAAAAAUAAACCAGCUUCC